AUGAUUGACCACCCGAGCCAAAAAUGUUUCAUUGCCAAAGCUUUUCGUCAGGCUGAAAAUUCGACGGAUUUGUGUAGAACAUCACAUUCAACUUCACCAUCUAUAAGUCCAAGUAAUACCACUGAAUUUAGUCCUAAUGGUACUAGGUCAUCAGAUACAGAUUCGGGUGAUGAUAGAUUUGAAUUUGCACAAUCGAUGGACGAUUCAGUAUCCGAACAUCCAGCCAGAUUAGUUCAGGAAAUUCGAGAAACUUUAAAUGAAUUAAGUCGCCACAAAAUACCACAAAAUUAUCGGCAAUUACAACAUCUUUAUUUUCAUCUACAAGGGAGAAGUGACCACGGUUAUAAAUCUUUUCAAAAACUUUGCAGAAGCUUCUGCCUGAAAAAGCCAUUCUGUGACUCAUCUAAUCAAAAGUUAUAUUCUUUGAUGGUUUCUGAUCUGAUAUCAAGAAUUAGCAAAUGGCUAACUCAACCUUGGAACAUUGUUGAUAAACCAGUUUGGUUAACUCUAUCAAAAAAGAGAGAAUUAGAGUACAAACAACACAAUAUGAUGAUAGAAAAGAUGUCUAGAACGAGAGGAUUGGAAAGUUACGCUCUUUUAUCAGAAAUUCAAAUAAGGCUGCAGAUUUUAAUAACAGAAUUAUUGCCAACUCGAACUGCCAUUAAUCUAACCAAAGAUAUUCAAUUUCUAGAAAAAGAACUAACAUGGAUAUUUAAUAUUAUAGAAGAAUUAGAAAGAAGAAAAUGUCCCGAACAUGCGUGAUUUUAACACCGUUGUAUGUGUUGUAUAACUGCUAAUAAUAUUGUAUAGAGAUCUAGGGGCUAUCUCUGACAUAGAUAACUAGUAACGAGAGAUUUUCAAAAGGAUCUUAAUCGAUAUUGAAAUAAUUUUUGUCUCCAUUGGAUAUGUAAACGGUCUUUGGAUAAAUGAACAGA